GUCGCUUAACCUCCUUGUGCUCCGUCUUUCGGGUGAGACGUAGUUGUAAGUGACUCUGCAGCUGAUGCAUAGCUCACACACCCUAGUCUCUGUAAGUCGCCUUGGAUAAAGGCGUCUGCUAAAUAAACAAAUACAAAUAGUAAAUGUAUACUGGAUGAGAAGACAGUAUUUUGCUGCUGCCGCGCACACGUUAUUUGCUAACACUUAGGAUUACAAAUCAUAACAAAUGAAUCCGCUGCGCUGGAGUAUGACGGUGGGACUGUGGUGAUUCUGUGUAACAGAAGCAGAGGCGGUUCCUGGGGACUACGAGUCAUAACUGGAGCAAGGACACAAAAUCAAGAUUCUUAAAGGAUACAAUGAGCAUUUGAAACCAAGGAAGUUUUGUUGUUGUGCAUUGAGAAAAGUGGCUACACUGUUUAAUUAGAAAACACCAUUUUAUUUUAACCAAAAAUAUGGCCUCUUCCGAGGAAAACGAAAUGUACUCAAAAAAGCAAUGGGAAGGAUGUAUGGAGAUUGCAGUUCAAACCGCACGCACAGCGGGGCAGGUAAUUAGAGAAGCAUUUAAACACGAGAAAGAAGUCUCUACAAAAAGCUCCCCAGUGGACCUGGUCACUGAAACAGACAGACUGGUUGAGGAUCUGAUUAUUUCUUCCCUAAGAGAGAAGUAUCCAUCACACAGGUUUAUUGGUGAGGAAUCAUCUGCUGCUGGUGAAAAAUGUCUUCUAACAGAUAGCCCGACCUGGAUUAUUGAUCCAAUAGAUGGCACGUGUAAUUUUAUACACAGUUUCCCAAUGGUGGCAGUCAGCAUUGGAUUUGCUGUGAACAAAGAGCUUGAAUUUGGUGUCAUUUACCAUUGCCUCGACGAGAAUUUAUACACUGCUAGAAAGGGCCAUGGGGCAUUUUGCAAUGGCAUACAGCUUCAAGUAUCAAAGGAAACAGCAGACGCCUUUACCCACGGCGACUUACAGAGACUAGGGUGUGUGAACUAUGCAUCAGCUGCAGAGUCACUUACAAUUACGUCUCACCUGAAAGACGGAGCACAAGAAGAUAUGUCCAAGGCUUUGAUUUUAACUGAAAUUGGGGCAAAACGAGACCCCGCUACUCUGAAGAUAUUUUCAGGGAAUAUGGAGAGGCUACUUAAGGCACAAGUCCAUGGCAUCCGUGUGAUCGGUAGUGCCACCCUGGCUCUGUGCCAGGUGGCAUCCGGGGCAGCAGAUGCUUAUUACCAGUUUGGGCUUCACUGUUGGGACAUUGCAGCAGCAGCAGUCAUAAUCAGAGAAGCUGGUGGCAAUGUGAUCGAUACCUCAGGAGGACCGCUGGACCUCAUGUCUCGCAGGAUUGUUGCAGCAGGCACAGUGGAGAUGGCCCAUUACAUCGCUCAGGAGAUUCAGACUAUAACCUACGAACGAGACGAUCACAAUGCAAAUUGAUUUUUGUUUCGUAAAAGCAUAAGAAAUACAAAAAGGUCAAGUCUCCCCCACUAAAAUAUUCCCUCAAAUAUAAAACAAACGAAGCAAAAUGAUAUGCUAUAAUGCUGUUUUAAAAAUGAAUAUGUGGAAAAUAUGCAACAGUUGCAUUACUGUGAAUUUUUAUAAUCCUUGCAGACACGUCCACUGCCUGCUGCUGGUGAAGUUUCAAGCAGCGCAAGAAACUUUUUGUGGUUUUAAAAAAAAAACUAAACAUUGACAGAUUACUUAUGCUCCGAUGAUCACAGACUUUAUUUUAGACUUGCAGUACAGAAUUCACACUAUGCAGGACUUCUGUUUCUGGUCAGUAUGAAUCUGGCAAUGUGGUGUUUUAAUAAUUUAAUAGUAAUUGGAAAUAUUAAGAGGAAUUUAUCAUUUCAUUGGUUAAAUAAAUUAUCAAGAUUUCAAAAAAAUUGUGUACAUUUAGCAAUACCCUCUUAAGGUGCCUCUUAUGGCAAGGUGGACUAUAUCAUGCCUUUUGUGUGGUAUAAUGUACAGGGGAUUUCAAAUGGAUAACAAGUACUGUACACUUUAUACUGUAAACAUACUAUAAAACACGCCAAGGUUGCACAAUAAUAAAUUCAGUACAGAAUAAAUACAGGAAAACAGUGAUCCAUCAUUUGCUUGUGCCGAGUUGGCUUUGAAUAGUUUUAUUUCUUUAAUUGUUGUUGUUUUUUUUAAAUGUAGGUACAAAUUGAAUGUGAUAAAAAUGAGUGUACCUUAACAGUGGUCAAUCAGAAAAACAUUCAAAGAGUAACCAAACAGAAUUCAUAUAUACAUAUCAAUUCAUAGCCAAUGUAUGUAUUGUCUAUCUACAUUGGAAUUGAACUGUUAAGGUUAGGGCUAUGAAUCUUUUCCUAUUUUUACUGUCCAAGUUAAAUAUUGUUACAAACCUUGGAAGUUGCAAAGUAACGCAACAAGUAUUUGUCUCCAGGGAGGAUGCAAAUAAAUAAAAUUACCAAUUGUUAAUUUCACAAGGAAGUAUAUUGUUUUUGUUUUCACCAAUAUUUAGGACCCAUUAAGAAGCAGUAUUGUACUGUAGAAGUCACAUUGUGUUCUCUGUCACUUGAAGUCAUACGAAAUUGAACAAUGUUUUGGUUUGUACUGGAACCUCACUCUCCUGCCAUAUUACCAUGCAUAACUAUUACUGUUAUUCACAAUUCACAAAGAAGGUGUGCCUUAAUAAACAGAUACAUUAAAAUGUACUAUUGUGUAAAGGUAUAACAAAAACCAUUGUAUGUAUUAUUUAACCGUUUAUUAAGUAACAGGAACAGGAAACAUUGCAGGAUUAGUGGGUGUAGUUUUCAUCAAUAAAAAACCACAUCAGCCUAAAAAUAAACUGCUUGUUAUUUUUUUUACCUUCUGUGUUUAAAAGAGCAACUAAAACGUGAUAAUUGAAGCUAUGGUCAUUCCCUGCAUU